UUUACAGAGAUGAAACAUGAAGCAAAUCCAGGACAAAUUCUCUAUAUACUGGCUGAUUUGAAGAAGAACUAUGCAAACCCAGAGUGCAGCCUCUCUGAGUUGGAAAGGCUGAAAUGUCUCCUUGGAAAGAGCUGGGCAGAUUUCAGCCCCACACUCAAGUGUGUAGAGCAUCAGAGCUGGAGAAGCAUGACUGACCAAAUGAAAGAGGAACAUGUGGAAAGAAUCCGUGAUGAAUUGGUAGCCUCAGUAGACAAAUGGGGCCAUGGUCAAAUACUUAGAGGCAUACCUGGUGGUGAUGAGUUGUGGGUCAUAAGACAUGUACUGCCAUUGUUCUUUCACUGGGAAUUUGGGACUGUGGCUAAUUUCCUCUACAAAUGUCAAGAUGCUGCCAUACCUAAGGACAUGAUUCAAGAGGAACAGAUGCAUCUGAUAGAUGCAGGACUCUAUCUAAACUCACCAUAUCCAUCAGCUCUGAGAGAAGGCAGAUGCAUAGAUCUCAUCAUAUCCUUUGACUUCAGUGCUGGAGACCCCUUUCUGACACUGAGGGUAGCCAGUGAGUAUGCAGUCAAGAACGGACAUCCCUUCCCUAAAGUGGACUUUACAAAGUUGGACUCUGAAUGCCCAAAGUCCUGCUAUGUGUUUGAGGAAAUGGACAAACCAACUGUAAUUCACAUUCCCCUCUUUAACAUAGACAACUGCAAGGAUGAAGCAGCAAUCGAAAAGGAAAGGAAGGAAUACGCAACCUUCCACCCAACCUAG